GCAGUUUUGAACUUAGUCUCCUAGAGUUCGCAGCGAUAAAUUAUUUAUAAAAGAAUAAAUUGUUUAAAGUUUUUUUUUUUUUGUGGUGAAAAAGCAAUGGCGUUUCUCGAAGGUCCUUCUCCAAAGCAGGAGGAAUUUAUUAAACAGGAACUCGGUGAAGGUCCUGGGGAUUUAGAAAGAGGUUUGAGGGACCUACACAGCAUGUGCGCAGCCAACCCUUAUCUGCCCCAACCCGAAGCCUUAGACACGAAUCUAUUGAAAACAUUCCUACGGGGCUGUCGCAUGGACUUUGAAAGAGCGCGAAAAAAGUUAGAAACUUUUUGCUACUCGCGCUCAAGAUACAGAGACCUUUUCGAGCAUCGUUCACUGAAUGAACCACCAUUGAAUGACGUUUGCAAAUUCUUAGAUAUAGUGCCUCUUCCAAAACUUACGGACGAGGGUUUGAGAGUCACAAUAUUCAGGGUUCGUCCAAACUACCCUGAAAGUUCUUCUGAUAUACUGGCUGCUGUAAGAGCCGUAUUGCUCAUAUGUGAUGUGAGAUUAAGAGACGAGACGCUAAUAGCUGGAGACGUAUUCAUUUGGGAGGCUACCCACGUGCGCGCGUCUAUUGCUGCCCGCGUGGCCGCCGCAGCAGGAGCGGUCCGCCGCAGUAUACAGCUAGCGCAGGCCGCGUACCCGCAGAGAAUGCGCCGCAUUCACGUUGUCGGCGCGCCCGCACUCGUCGCCUCCUCACUCAACCUCAUGAGAGCAUGUGUCAACGAGAAAGUUAGGAAACGAUAUUAUCUACACGACAAGACAGAGGAGCUUCUAGAGCACAUCCCAGCAAGAGUAUUGCCAGUUGAAUGGGGAGGCGAAGAGGAAUCGAUUGAGGUGUUAAAUAGGAAAUGGAGACGCCGCGUCGAUGAAAUGCGCGACUAUCUUAGAGACCUCAGCGAGCUGUGUGACGUCACCCCGGACACGCUCUACGACAACGACAUCUAUGGCGCAGUAGGAUCGUUCAGGAAACUGGACAUUGAUUAGAAUUGUAAUAAUUGAUCAGGAUAUGAAAUAAAUUUAGUGAUAUUUAAUAUUUAAGAAAAUUAAAAUAAGUCUAAGAGUGUAAAUGUAAGUGUAUUAAGAAAAACAGCGUUUUUUCGAAAUUUUAUACUUUAGCACUUUAUAAUAAGAUAGGACUUUUAGUGUAAUAAAUAAAUCGACAUAAGCCAUAACGAUCCUUGACUAUAAGCAAGAUUUGUUAAUAAGAAUAUUAUAUACCAGUUUCCGGGUAAACAGAAUGGCAUUUCUUAGAGAAAUAACGAAGUGCCCUAUGAAGUUAUUUAAUGUCAAGGUUAAAAAGUAAAUGAACACAAAUAUAAUAGAUUCAUUAACAAUCUGUAUAACAAUUACUUUAAAAUUUUCUUGUUACCAGAAUGAUGUUUUGAAUUAAAACCUACUUUAGUUAUAUUAUUUUAGUUGUUAUUUUAACAAGUUUAUAGAACUUUAAAUAUAAUCUGUAUCUGAUGAUAUCACGUGAACGAUUUUAUUGUGAUUAAAUUUUAAAGUAUACAAUGAA